UAGUUUGAUUCGCAGUUUCACACACGAAAAAGCGCCCUAAAAUACCAUACCAGAAAGAGCCAAACAAAAAUUUGAUUGACACACGAAAACAAUGUCGAAUGAUUCCGAAGCGUCGGCGGCGGGGGAUUCAUAUAUAGGAAGUUACAUUAGUUUGACAUCCAAGUUUGAGAUUCGUUAUGAAGGAGUCCUUUACCAUCUUAAUCCCCAAGACUCUUCCCUUGGCUUGAAAAACGUGAAAUCAUACGGAACUGAGGGGCGUAAGAAAGACGGUCCCCAGAUUCCUCCAAAUGAUAAAGUUUAUGAGUACAUUUUGUUUCGUGGGAGUGACAUUAAGGAUUUGCAAGUAAAGUCCUCGCCGCCUCUUCAAGUGGAAGAAUCAUUAGAUAACGAUCCUGCAAUUAUUCAGUCACACUGUGCUGGAGUCUCCCCAAGCUCUUCAAAAUCGGUUUCACUUAGUGGUGGAUCUUUGACAGAAUAUGGCUCAUACAAGGGACCUACUUCCUUGAAUAGUAUGCCACCUUCACAUCAAUCUGUAAACCAGUUUGAAUAUGGCGCUUCUCAGGCAACUCAAUCCAACAUGGGUUCUUAUGCAACUCCUGCUUACCAGCAAAGAUACAGUGAACCCGCAAGCAGUAACCAUGCUCCACAACAUUCUAUUCAGCCUGCUGCUUCACAUGCGAUGAUGCAGGAUUUGCUGCAGACUUACCCACUCCAAGGCCCUGAACCUUUCACUUCAGCUGUUCUGCCAAAAUGCGUAGCUCCAGUGCCUGUGGUUACCACUGCAAAUUCUUUAUCUCUAGCUAGCAUACAGAAUCUUGCCCCACAGCAACUUCCUGUGGCUCCUAGUACUAACAUUAUAUCUCCCUUAUUAUCUGUAACCUCUUCCAUGCCUUCUUACGCAUAUACUCCUGCAUUUCCCCAGUCUAGUCAAAAUGUGGGUAACUCUGGUGCUCCUAUCCUUGCUAGAAUGGGUUCUAAUGCUUCACCCUUGUAUCCUGUAUCCCCAUUUGUAGAUUCCUCAUCAGGUGUGUUUCGACAGCAACCCCCUAGAUUGCUAACUCCAGAUCAGUUAUCUCUACCUAGAUUUCCUGGGCAAUUAUAUUCAGAUCAGAAGGACCUUGGUGUUCUCAGCUCAGAACCUCUGAAUCCCUCAUCAUCAUUUACUACUUCAGCAGCCCAAGCGCCAUUGUUGCCACUGCCACCUGCUGCAAAGAAGUUGCAAUCAUCUUCAGAGUUCACCGAAGAAUUCGAUUUUGCUGCAAUGAAUGAGAAGUUUAAUAAGGAUGAAGUAUGGGGUUAUCUUGGUAAAGCAAAACAAACAGCUAAAAAGAUGGAUGGCGAGGACAUUGCUAUGGACAAUGAGAACAAGGGGAAUGACGAUGGUCAUGGCUUGGAUGCUAAUGCUGAUCCCAAACCUGCCUAUAUUAAGGAUGACUUCUUUGAUAAUAUAUCUCGCAACACAGUUGCUCGUGGAGGUAGGAAUGGGCAAAAUCACUUUUCUCAUAGGAUGAGGCAGGAUACUGAGACUUUCGGUAACCAUCAGCAAAGGCCUUAUCCUGGGUAUGGUGGCUAUGGGCCUGGACAUGGUGGGCAUCGUGGUGCAUAUGGCUAUGGUUGGGGAAGGGGUUAUAAUAACUAUGGCAGUAGGGGCCGUGGAGGAGGGUACAUGAGGAUGUAACAUAUUCGUUGGAGUUUCGCACGGUGUCUGGUUGUGUCGUUUUCUGCCUUGCUCAACCCACUGGCAGAGUAAAUCUCCCGCUAGUUUAUGACAUUCGCUGAGGAGUUCAAUACCAAAUGUUACUGAACUGCCAAUUACUACAGUUGCAGUUGUAUUAGGAAUUGUUAUUCAUGGCUGGUUCAUGCUUUUUUUGGUCCAGUGAGCCAGGUUUUCUUAUACGCUUCUUUAUGCGACUAUUGAUGUCGUAUGUAUGCCCUGGUGGGGAUUUGAGUUUUUCAAUCAGUUCACUUGGUUCUCUCACCUGAUCUACGCAUCUUGUCAUUUGGUCAAGGGGAUUUGACAUGUAAGUUGUCUGUUAGUUUCUUUAGCCUAGAUUAGACCGAGGAAAUGAACUUGUCUUCUCAUCAUUCUCUUGAGUUUAAAAGUUGUUCUGUACUACCUUAAACUUUGUCUAGACGAAAAUACCCUUCUAGUGACAUUUUUAAUGAAAGGUGCCCAGCAGUUUUAAUAGUUA